GAGUCACUUGUUUACUGCUUUAACCGCUACUAAUCAUCUCUCUCUUUCUACAAGCCAUUGCUAUUCCACGCUCCCCUUCCUUCGUACUUUCGUGCGCUCAAGUCUUCUCGGCUUGUUCGUUUCUCACUCUGUUUCGCUCUUUCUUCUCAUCGGCUCAACCAUUCUUCCUCCUCCUCUCCUUCUUCAGUAUCUGCUGCUCUCUAUUUCAUCACUCUCUCUCUAUCUCUGUUUUUUUGCUCUUUGUUUCUCAGGAAAAGAAGCAAAGAGAAAUGUCGGCCGACUCUGCCGUUGCUAUUGCAUGGGAUCUCUUGAAGGGGGCAGUUACUGCGAUCAAGCGUCCAAUAAGAUACGUGAUGUCCUCCAAGAGCUUCGCCGAAGGUCUUCAGGAGGAAGUCCAGAAUCUGCAGAACGAGGUUCAGAGGGUCAACGUUCUCGUGGAACGGGCCAGAAACAAUGUUCGGAAGUUCCAUGAUGUCUUCACGACGUGGGAGAAUAAAUCUGGCGAUGCUUUGAAGGAGGUGCGAGACCUGUUGGGCAACUUCGAAAAUGCGACCAAGAUUUGCUGCUACGGGACUCUUCCUGACCCCAAAUGUCGCUAUCAGUUCAGCAGGAAGGCCGAGGGCAAGAUCAAGGUCAUUCGGGAACUGGCUCAAAAAUGCAGCGGAUUCAAAGAAUUGGACGACAUCUCCUUCAUCGAUCCUACUCCGGGAAAUGUCCCUGCUACGAAUUCGGCCAACAGAGAAUGCAAAGAUGUUGUCCAGUCGACCACUACAACGGCCUCUGCUUUUUCUGCCUCGACGUCGUUUGUGCUUGGGGACGAUGGCGUUUUCGAGUCCAGAGCUAUGAUGAUACAGAACAUCAUGGACGCUCUGGCCAAUAACAUCAAUAGUGUGGUCGGGGUCUACGGGAUGGGUGGGGUCGGCAAGUCCACCCUUUUGGUGGAUGUCGAAAGGAUAAUAAAGGGAAAGAAGUCGUUUGAUCUGGUCGCUAAGGCUGACGUGUCGGAAAAUCCUGACAUCAAGAAAAUUCAAGGAGAGAUUGCGGACGCCUUGGGCCUUACUGAAAUAAAGAACAAAGAGACUACCAACGGGCGAGCGAAACUUCUACACGAGAGGUUGAAAGACGAGGAGAAGAAGAACAAGAAGGUCCUCAUAAUACUGGACAACCUGUGGAAGGGGCUCGAGUUGAAAUCAGUCGGCAUUCCUUGCGGACGUGACCAUAAAGUCAUAGGAUGCAAGUUACUGUUGACAUCGAGAUUUCGAAAUGUUUUACAAAGUGAAAUGAGCUGCGACAAGGCCUUCGCCCUAGAUGGACUGAAGGAGAAAGAGGCAAAAAUAUUGUUUGAGAGGAUAGUGGGAGAAAAAGUUCAUAAUGACGAGUUCAGACCCUUGGUGGAUGAAGCGCUCCACAGAUGUGCAGGUUUGCCUUUGCUACUUGACGCAAUGGCGAAACAAUUAAAACUCGCUUCUCUACCUGAAUGGAGGGAUGCUUUGAAACAAAUUGAGUGGUCUACAAACGAAGGAAUAAGUGGAGUGAUAAAUAAGGUGUUACAACUGAGUUAUGAUCAUUUAGAAAGCGAGGAUGCAAAAAGUUUGUUACAACUUUGUGUUGCUUACGGUGUCUCUAUGACUUCUAUUGAAAACUUGGUGAGGUAUGGCUAUGGUUUGGGGAUAUUUCAAAAAUAUAGCAGAAUGGAAGAAGCUAGAGAUAGGAUGAGCACACUCAUCCGCACUCUUCAAGCCUCCUCCCUUCUGUUGGACAAUGAAGGCACGGAUGGGUUGAAGAUACAUGACUUGGUUCAUGACUUUGUUGCCCAGUCUGUUUUAAGAAAUCACCCUCUUCUUGUGCUGAAAGAUAAAGACAUGUCGACAACACAAUUGCAGAAUGAGAGGCUCAAAAGUUGUUCGGCGCUAUGCUUUCCCUAUAUUGACAUAAAGGAGCUUCCCAAAGAGUUAUAUUGUCCCGAAUUGCACAUCUUUUUGCUUUUCAACAACAAUAUAUCUCUUGAGAUUCCAGAUUCAUUUUUCAACUCUAUGAAGAAACUUGCGGUUCUACAUCUAACUAGCGUAUGUAUCACUCAUUCACCGACGCCAUUUCAAUUCUUGGAGAACUUACAUACUUUGUGUCUUCAGCAUUGUUUGCUAGAGGAUGUGGCCAUUCUCGGCAAUCUAAAAGGGUUACAAGUUCUCAGCUGUGUGAACUCCAACUUUCAACGAUUGCCGAAAGAAAUUGGGCAACUAACAGAGCUGAGGUUAUUGGACUUGAACUAUUGUUCACUUCUUCAGAUGAUUGAACCGGGUGUGCUUGGAAGAUUGAUCAAAUUGGAGGAGUUGUAUAUGGAGAAUAGCUUUAAUCAAUGGAAUCCCGUGGAGCAAACUCAAUCAACUAAUGCAAGUCUGAUUGAGUUGAAUCACCUGAAGAAUCUUUGCACUCUACAUGUCUCCAUUCCCGAUCCAAGUGCGCUCCCAGAGGACCUAGAUGUCAAGAAAUUAACCAAGUAUAAAAUCCAAAUAGGUAAUGCACAACGUUGGGGAAAGGACCUAGGAUGGAGGAUUUUGUACCUCAAGUUGGAUCCAAUAAUUGAUGUUCUUCGAAAAGGAUGCAUACAAAGUAUCUUAAAUAAAACUGAUGAUUUGUUUUUGGCCAAGUUGAACGGAAGCGAGCAAAGUAUUUGUGCAUUAUCUCCAGAAGGCUUUCCAAAAUUAAAGCACCUAUUGGUUGAGGAUAGUUCCUCUAUCCAAUACAUCCUCCAGUGUUGUUCCCUUAGUGCUUUUGAGAUGUUGGAGUCAUUACUUCUCAUAGAGCUCAACAACUUGACAGAGAUAUGCUACAGCCAUAUUUCCUCCUCCAAGUCCUUCGGUAAAUUAAAAGUAAUUCAAGUCGAAAGUUGUGACAAGAUGGAAGUUUUGUUUCCUCUUUCAUUACUGAGAGCACUUCCACAACUAGAAGAGAUUAAAGUUGUUAGUUGCAAGUUAAUGCAUGGGAUUGUAGAUGUUGAUGAUUGUGGCAAAGCGGAGUUGCAAAAUUUGCGUAAAAUGUAUUUGCACCAAUUUCCAAAUAUCAAGAAUUUUUUCACUACCAAAACAACUCUUUCAAGUAGUACAUCAGAAGACCAAGUUGGCACUCAAAUUGCAUUCUUCAAUGGGCAACAGGUUGCAUUUCCUAACUUGGAGAAUUUAUAUAUCAAGAGCAUGGAUAACAUCGAGAUGAUAUGGCAUGAUCAAAUUCCUGCAGAUUCUUUCUCUAAGCUAAAAUUGCUUUCAGUGAAAGAAUGCAAAAAGCUUGUGAACUUUGCACCUUCUUUCAUUCUAGGACAGCUCUUGAGCUUGGAGACUUUGACAGCAAAAGCAUGUGAUUCCCUUGAAGUUGUUUUUAAGCUCCAGCCACUAAAUCAUCUAGAUAGAAAUAGUGUUGCUACAAAUGUGGUGGAACUCAUUAGUGAUGAGGGAGGAAAGGAGGGGCAUGUAGUGGCUUUCAAUCAAUUGAAGUAUAUGAAGCUUGAUGGGUUGACUAGAUUGAGAUGUUUCAUCUCAAGUGGAUACACUUUGAUGUUCCCUCUUUUGGAAGAUAUCAUUGUGAAUAGAUGUCCCAAAAUGAAAUUCUUCUCUGAGGGACCAAUGGAGGCGCCAAAGCUAGAGAGAGUACGAGUAGAUUUGAAUGAACUAUCAACAGAGUACCUAUAUUUUUGGAAGGGAAGCCUCAACACGACCAUCCAAAAUAUGUUUAAAGAAAUGGUAUGCUUCAGUUACUAAGU